GAGCUGGCGAGUCCAUUCACUGCCGCGAGGCAAACGAUUUGGUCGCAUCCAUCCAUCCAUCUGUUUCGGUCCCCUCUGGCCUCAACUGUCCAUCCCAUUGGUCGUAGAACAAACGGGAAGAGCGGAUGAGGGCAAAGGUGACGAAAGCAGACACACGCAGCCAUGCAAACAAGGAACCACGAGACGCAUGCGCCACGGGUGAGGGAAACCACCCGCCGAUAUGAAAAAGCGCAACAAAGCCGCCUGUCUACACAUUCACGAUGGCCUUAUGGACGCUACAACUUCUGCAGCGAUGCUCUGUCUGUCGGCACGCCGCACCACACACACGGCCAACUAAUCAAUCAGUCACUCAGUCAGUCAGUCAGUGAGUCAGUGAGUCCAUCAGUCAGUUCCUGUUGUUAUCUCUGUCCCUCCUGGCGUCUCCUCGAUCUCGAUCUCGAUCACGGCCAUUAGCCUGGUGGUGCUGCUGGUGCUGGUGCUGCAUCCUCUUCCGCAAAGGCGACGGGGACUUGGACGACACACUGAGCGGUCAAACAAUGCAUCAAGGACACGUGUGCGCGCUGCGGUUGAGCUGACUGACCUUCUCGAUGAGCUGCUGCUGCUUCGCACGCUGACAGCAACGCACAGAGAGGGAAACAAACAGACGAGCAAAAGAUAGUGAGCUUCGCUGGGCUCCCACCCUCGCUCCCUCUCUCACCUCCUGGAUCGCGACCUGCCUCCUCGCGCCAGCCCCUUGCCGCCUCGGCCGCCGGCGCCAGGGGACCUGCACAGCAGCCCGACAACCACCGUGAAUGCAUCUUAAGUGCUCCUGUCUCGCUGUCCGUCUCUCUCUAUUUGUAUGUCUGUGUCUGCUGACGCUCUUGCAGGCGGCCGACGGUCGCGGGAUCGGCUGCGCACGCCACUGCACAAAGCACAUAAGACAAAGAAGAACGCGCUGUAGGUCAUCAGUCGGCUGUGUGUGUCUUGCCGCCUUGUUUGGCUGUCUUACUUGCGCUUCACUGGAGGGGACUCCUCCCUGCAGACAGACACCACACACACCACACACACACAUGGUGAGUGACACAACCACGUGUCCAUCUAUCUAUCCACCCCUCGGCAAGCUCACCGUCGCCUCGGCGCAAGAGGUGCCUCGUCCUUCUCCCUCUCCCUCUUCUGUCCCCUGUCCCUGUCCCUCUCCACCCGCUGCCCAUCCCCCGGCCGCACAUCGCGCCUCGACAUGUCACGCCCGUUGCGGUCAUCUCGGCUGUCCCGCACCUCACGCCUCACCUCCCGGUUGUCGCGGUUAUCUCGGUUGUCACGAGGCGUGUCACGGUCACGAUUGGCGUCGCGGCGGUCAUCCCGGUCUUGCCGGAACCUGUUGGAGUCCCGUCGCUCGAACCACAGAGGGCCUGCCGUCCGGCGUGGCCCUCCUUUGCCGGCGCCAUUGAUGUGUCGUGGCGGCCUGGAGGCCUCCGGGUGCUCCUGCUGGCGGGGCGGUGGGGGCCGCUCCUUCUCGCGGGCCUUCUCAUCGGGCAGCAGGAUGAAGUCGAUGGACACGCGGCUGCCGUCGAUCUGAGCCUGGGUCGACAGACGGGCAGACAGACAGACAGAUGCAUGUAGCUCUCCCUGUGUGUGGGUGUGACUCACCCCGUCCAGGUGCAGGUGUGCGACGUCGGCGGCCUCACGGCUCUCAUACUCGAUGUAGGCAUGGCCACUAUGCGUAUCGUUCUGCAGCAUGUCACACACACACAGGAUGUAUCUCACCGGCAGCUGCUUUCCCUCGUUAUCCUUGUGGUCACCUGUUUGUCGCACGGCAGUGCCACAUGUCUGAUGUGUCCGAACUCGCCGAAGAUCUCCCGCAGGUGCUCCUCCGUCACGUUGCGCGUCACAUGGUCCACCUUGACCACAUUCGUCGGAUCUCCCGCAUAACGAUGCGGAGCCUCGGGCUGCCAGCGAUCCUCCAUCUUUGCUGUGCUGUCACAAUGGCAAACUCGAG